AGUUGCAGUUUUACCAUUUAGUUUUGAACGAUCGAUUGUUUCUAUUAUAAUAAUUAUAUAAUAACUUGGUUUUUAUAAUAAUAUGACUACUUUGUUGUAAAGUUAAACCAAAGAGAUUAAAAACGGUACUUUAUUUCUAAAAUUAGCUACGAGUACAUUUGAAUUGUAAAUUGCAUUUUAAAAAGUCAUGGUAAAAAUUGGUUUAGAGAUAUCCGCUAUUCUUGAAAAUGUAGCACAAAUAUCCACAAUUGGAGAUGAAUUUCGGUGGUACGUAAAGUUAAAAUGCACAAGUUGUGGUGAAGUUUCAUCAGCCUGGCAGUAUUUGUCUCUGGAUGAAAGCACAGAAACUAAAGGUGGUCGUGGAUCAGCAAGCAUGGUUCAAAAAUGCAGAAUGUGUGGCCGGGAAAACCAUGUUGAUAUUAUUAAAGAACACCUUUCAUCUUAUACUUCUGAAAGUGAUGGCACAUUUUCCAAAAUUGCUGGCUUUGAGUGUAGAGGAAUGGAACCAGUAGAAUUUGACUUUCGUAGUGGAUGGGUUGUCUCGUCUGCUUGCUCCAAGGCAACUUUUAAUGAUGCUGAUUUUUCUGAGAGCGAAUGGUAUGAAUAUGAUGAAAAUGCAAAUCAAUCUGUCGGAGUGACUGAACUGAAAUAUAGAUUUGUUAAAUUGAAAAAAUAGAUUGUACUUUUGUGUUACGAUUUUAGUUUCUUAUGGUUUGCUUAUACCAAUAGUACAUUCACUAUAGUGCAACAGUUAUGACUUGCAAAGUUUGUGUAUGAAUGUGUUUAAAUUCUGUACCUGUCAAUUCGACA